UUUAUGAAAACUGCUUAGCAACAGUUAUGUCGAUUCAGCAUAAAAGUAAUGAUUGCGAGAAACUGCAGUUAUAGCCGUUGCAGUCGAUAAUAGAAUUCCGUUUUCUCUCAUAUAAUUUGAAAGUAAAAAGUGUAGGGAGAUCGCCGCGAAACUAUUUACAAGCAAAGAACACGGUGAUGUGAACACAUUCGUCCUCGUAACUCAGCUCGAACGUUCGAAGUCGUGUGAUAAAAGUGACAUAAAUAAUCGCCUAUCAAGAUGCCUAACAUCAUAAACGACAUCAAAUUAGAUUUCAAAGACGUUUUGUUACGUCCGAAAAGGAGUACAUUGAAAAGUAGAUCCGAUGUUGAUCUAUUCAGAGAAAUUACAUUUCGUAAUUCAAAACAAACUUACAAGGGAAUUCCUGUGAUGGCAUCAAAUAUGGAUACAGUAGGAACAUUUGAAAUGGCAAAGGCAUUAUCCAAGCAUGGUCUCUUCACUACUAUUCAUAAAUAUUAUACUGCAGAGGAAUGGAAAGAUUUUGCGAUACAAAAUCAUGAAUGCCUUAAAAAUGUAGCUGCUAGUUCUGGUACAGGAAAAGAAGACUUUGAACGAUUGUCCAGUGUUCUAGCUGCUGUCCCUGAACUAUCUUUCAUUUGUUUAGAUGUUGCUAAUGGAUAUUCGCAACAUUUUGUAGAAUAUGUUAGGAAAGUGAGAGCCGAGUACCCUAGUCAUACUAUAAUCGCAGGGAAUGUGGUAACUGGAGAAAUGGUAGAAGAACUGAUACUAUCUGGAGCAGAUGUGAUUAAAGUUGGUAUUGGCCCUGGAUCUGUGUGUACUACACGCAUGAAAACUGGUGUAGGAUAUCCACAGUUAAGUGCUGUAAUCGAAUGUGCUGAUGCUGCUCACGGUUUAAAAGGUCAUAUAAUUUCGGAUGGAGGUUGUACUUGUCCAGGCGACUUAGCAAAAGCUUUUGGCGCUGGGGCCGAUUUCGUGAUGGCAGGCGGUAUGUUUGCUGGACAUGACGAAUGUGGAGGAGAAGUCAUAGAAAAGAAUGGGAGAAAAUUGAAAUUAUUUUACGGCAUGGCUUCGAGCACAGCAAUGAAGAAACACGCUGGAGGUGUUGCUGAAUACAGAUCUUCGGAAGGUAAAACUGUAGAAGUACCUUACAAAGGUCUAGUGGAAAAUACUAUUUUAGACAUACUGGGCGGUCUACGCUCUGCGUGUACGUACACGGGAGCUUCGCGAUUACGCGAAUUACCACGUCGUGCUACAUUUAUACGUUGUACGCAACAAUUAAAUCCCAUGUAUGGCCCACCACCGGAAGUUUGAAGUUGUCUUAAUAGUACGAUUUCUUGUAGUACAGAUUUAGUUGAAAAGUUCUCCCGAUUAGGUCAACCAAUGAAUUUGUAUUAUUUGCUGGCAAAUAAUAUUUACAAAACUUACGAGGCUAUAAUUAACAUAGAUGUAUAUACGUUUUGACAAUAAUUUUGAAUUACAAUUAUAGAGCUCAAAGGAAGUAUUAAACGCUUGAAGCACAAAUAUACAUUCUAUUAUUGUAUUUAUAUUCUUUUUAUGAACAUUGUACGCAUAACUGUACAUAUAUAUCUGUAUUAUUAUAUGUUUUUAACAAAUAAGCAGCAUUUAAAUAUAUCAAAA